AUGUCGAUUUUGUUACUGCCGGACAACGUUGUCCACCGCAUAAUAUAUUUCCUAUCCGAGCCAGAAUUCGUGGCCAAAGAAACAGACCUGUCAUCCACAAAUUCGCAACCCGCUUACACCGCUCUAUCGACAUAUCCACGAGACGUCUUCAAUCUAAUCCGAUCCUGUCGUCGAUUCCGUGAAGUGUACUCCCGGCAACGGAAUGGCGGAGAAGAGUUCCUUCAGGCGUUUAAAACGGAAUUUGAGAAAGUUUUUCGGCGAAGCCGGCGGGUAGACGAGUCAUCUGUUAUGCCAGGUAGAAUGUCCAUCGUUAUUGGUGUUCUUGACCAAUCGGAAGGGAAAAAUUCAUAUAAAACCCUCCCGUCCGGAUCCCCACAUCUCCAAGGCUUCCAGGAGAUCGUUCUCAACAAAGGAGAUCCAUCAAUGCUUGGUGAUAUACGCCGUCCCGGUCACGAUUUUCCAAUGUCGACCCAGCUGACUGAUGUGCAAAAAGAUUUAUUGCGAGAUUUGGGACGAAAUUGGAUUUCAAUGUUUAAGUCCGGUGACUUGUCCCUAGGAGAUAUUGAAGGAAGAGAACAACAAGUUAUCGACAUUAUGGAAAACCUCCCAAGCUUCAUAGUCGGAGUUUUGAGCUGUCAUAUGUGGAACGAAACGGGUCGGUUUACAAUGUUAUGUCGAACUCGGUUGAACGACUUCAUGCUUCUUCAUGGCAUAGACGGGUUGUGGCAAGAGCAACAAUGCUAUCCGUUCGUUAUCUUUGGAGCAACAAAACUAUCGAUAGCAGAGUCCAUAUACUCGGCCCUAGUAAAUUCCGACUACGGCUCGAUCAGGGACACAGGCGGACACCCGCUUUGGACGGGAUUCGGCUUGGAUACAUGA